CGGUUUCGACCCCAACUGGACUCUUUGCUUUGCUUUUUCAUACAUCUUGCUUCGACUACCAUUUUCUCUCGUCACAGAAUAUUUUUUAGUACACACACCUCCUCUCCUUUUCCAUCUGGGUGGGUGAUUUCUGAUUCCUACAAGGAGCAGGGGAUCUUUGGCUGUGAUUUUCCAAGCCAAUUUCUGGGUACUUUCUGUAUCAACUAAGUGAAUCGAGUCCAAUAUUUUCUUACCUUUUUGGUCUGGUACAGUCCCGUUUUAAAGUCUAUUGCCUUCUGGGAAGUAUUUAUUAGGCUGUCUCUUUUCCUCUUCACCGCCUUCAUGCAUCGAGAAAUUCUUGAUGGGUUUCGAGAUUUAAAUAGUGUUUUUGAUACUUUUGCUAUUAGUUCCACCUUUUUGUAAUCGGCCUUCUCUCCAAUCUUCUGUUUCACGAUUCUCUCGCUUUCCUGGACCUCUUUGUUCUCUUUUACUUUAGGAAGAAUCUGGUGACAGCCAAAGAGAAAAAAAAUGGAUCAAGAUCAAAGUUUCCUAUGCCCGAUCAAAUACACAGAGCACCGAAUGUCUACCAAAAAACUCACAAAGCCUAGAAAACAACAAGUAGAGCCAAACACUCCGAGGGUGGUACGGAUAUCCGUGACCGACCCAGAUGCCACUGACUCGUCCAGCGACGAAGACGACGAGCUCUCCUUCUUCGGCCGCCGGCGAGUGAAGCGGUACGUGAACGAGAUCAACAUCGAGACAAGCUCCAAAACCGACGUGUUGUUGAACCAGAAGAAACGCCCAGCCGGAGAGUCCCUGUCUUCCCGCAGGCGGCCAGUGAAGGCAGUUCCAGCGAACGGCAAGAAGUUCCGGGGAGUUCGGCAACGGCCGUGGGGCAAGUGGGCGGCCGAGAUUCGAGAUCCGGCGAAACGUCAGCGGCUAUGGUUGGGUACUUACGACACUGCUGAAGAAGCUGCCAUGGUGUACGACAACGCUGCGAUUAGGAUUCGAGGACCUGACGCUUUGACCAACUUUGUGACUCCUCCACCUAAGGAGGAAAAGCCCGAAGUGAAUGUGGCCUCCGUUUCCGGUUACGAUUCAGGCGAAGAAUCUCAGUCUCAAUCUCACUCUCACAGUCUCUCUUCACCAACCUCAGUUCUUCAGUACAGAACUCAUUCUAACGAAGAAGAAGCCCAACUGCGAAAAUCCGAAAAACAACAAAAACCGGUGAAAGAACCAAUGGUUGACAAGGGUGUCUUUCGAGAAUGUCAAGCCGAGACCAUUCUUGGUGAUUAUUUACCGCUUGAUAUGCCGUGUUUUAAUGAAGUUUUCAAUUUCUCGGUUCCCGACGCCCCAAUACUCUCUGAUAUAUUUUCCGGGCCGGAUAUGGUUUUCGACGAGCCGAUACCGGGGGAUAUAUUCAAGGAGGAUAUCGGUCUUUUGUUCAAUGAUAACACAUUCGAAGGUUUCGGGUCCUCGUCCUCUUCGAUGAUGAACCAAGGAGAAGAUUAUUUCCAAGACAUAUUGUUCGGCUCGGACCCUCUUGUGGUCCUCUGAGAGUGCUUACAGACUUUUCGGGACGAGUGCUGUUGCCACCGUUGGCUCGCCGGUUUCUCGGCAGAUUUUGUACCGGUUGCAACAAAAGUAUCGGCUAGUUUUUAUAUAUUUAUUUUUUAUUUUCUUUUUGUUAUGGAAGAGUAUUAUAAACUAUAAAGUGCUAUUUAUUCGUUUAAAUAUCUCCCUUAAAAUUAAAGGAGAUACGAGUGGAGUUUUGUUUUCGUUCUUUUGUAAGGCUUGCUAAUGAUUGUAUAGUUUUGACGGGCUAAUGGAAAAGUAUAAUCUUCUUCUCCAUAA